AUGGCAUGGGUUCGUGAAGUAUGUAAAAGAAUUGGAAUGGUGUUAAUGAUUGGGGGUUCGAGUGACGGGGAUAGAGGACGUAGGACACCGUAUGUGAUUGUUCGUUGUGAGCGUGGGGGCCAUUAUGUUGGCAAGAAGGUACCAGGUGAAGAUGAUCAAAGACCGGGAAAAAGGAGCACCGGUUCAAAGAAAUGCAAUUGUCCGUUUAAAUUGAAGGGGACAAGGGAACACAAGGAUGAUGAAAAGGCUGAGUGGAAAUUGGAUGUUAGUUGUGGUAUUCACAACCACAACUUAUUCGAAAACUUGCACGGACACUCUUAUGCCGGAAGAUUAUCAAAGGAGGAUGUUUCCUUUGUUCACACUAUGAAGAAAGCAAUGGUGAAACCAAGGGCAAUUCUAAGAGCGUUGAAGCAAAAGGACCCGUCUAAUGUAACUGGUAUGAAGACAGUUUACAAUACUAUCUCUAAGUUAAAUUUCAGUGAAUUGGAUGGGAGAUCUCAAUUGCAAUCAUUGUUUGUCAAGUUGAAAGAAGAUGAAUACCUCUCGUACCAUAGAUCGAACGAGUUGAAUGCGAUUACCGACUUGUUUUGGAUCCACCCGAAAUGCAUUAAGUUGGCACAGUCGUAUCCGUACGUAUUCGUCAUCGAUUGCACGUACAAGACCAAUCGUUACGGACUCCCAUUUCUUGAGAUUGUGGGUUUUACUUACGGAAAAUUUUGA